GUAGUCCAUGAAUGAUGCAACACCAACGUGGAUUACACGAAUCAAGUUGUACGCAGAACAUGCCGUUGGUGCGUCGAUGCGUCAAGCUCAUAAAAAAUGCCUUUUGUUCUUGCUAAGAACAUCCUUAGGAAUUAUCUACAAUUGACGGCGGAGACGAUCUCAUGAGUUCAUGUGGAAGUUAAGAUGUUGCUGCUUUCAUGGGCCGACCCGAGAUGCAGUACAACAAUUGGGUCGUUGCCACGCCAAUGGCGUACACUUUUGAGAACUCGGAGGACCCUCUGAAAGAUGGCAAGAGAGCGGGUAUAAAUGUGAGUGUUGCCUGAAAUUGAGUAUCAGUUUGAUCUGUUCCAUCAGUAACAACCACAUCACAAAAUGAAGUCCUUCAUCGCUAUUUCUGCCCUUGCCGCCGUCGCUUUGGCCGACAACGCUCCCUACCGUCCCGCCCCUUACAGCCCCGCCCCUUCAUACAAGGAGGAGCCCGCUGUCUACCAGUACCAAUACGCUGUGGCUGACGACUAUGCCGGAGUCAACUUUGGCCAGAAUGAGGCUCGUGAUGGUUAUGCCACCAAUGGCGAAUACCGUGUUGCCCUUCCCGAUGGCCGCACCCAAAUUGUGACCUACAAUGUGGCUGAUGCUUACUCCGGAUAUGUGGCUGAUGUGCGAUAUGAAGGAGAGCCCAAGUACGAGUCCUACAAGCCCGCCCCUGCUCCUUACAAGCCUGCCCCUUACAAGCCCGCCCCUUACAAGCCCGCUCCUUACAAGCCCGCUCCUUCUUACUCCGCCUAAGAAGUGCCUUUUCCGGACAUUUCUCUUAUUUAUUAUUCAUGAUAUUUAUGGAGAAAUAUACUCUCAUGCCCCUAA